UGUGCUUGGUGAACCCGCUUUUCGCAAGUCACUCUUUUAGCCCCCGCAAAAAGGAAAAAGUAUCCAAAGGGAAGAUACAUUUAUGAUAUGUAAAAAAAGGAACCAGAUAUACUCGAAGAUACAUUGUAACAAGAAUCACCCAACAUUGUUUACCUGAUGAAUGAAUGCAUCAAGAAUCUCUCUUCAAGAAUUACUGCGUUUCACGGGUCCGGUUCGACUGCAUAAAUUUUUACUGGAGCGGGCUAACCAAAUCUCAACGUGGAAAAUGGAUCAACAAUGUUCUGCAAUAUGAUGCUUUAAUUCGAAGACUUCUCAUUCCAACAUCUAGGCUGCUGCACAGCAUUAAAACAAUUAGUAAUGGGGCAUCCUCCCCUUGAGUUCAGCGACUGCUAUGGGGACAGUCCGGAUUUUAGAGAAAGACUAAAAUGCUAUGAAUUAGAAUUGGAAAGAACAAGCAAAUUUCUCAAAGAUGUAAUCAAAGAUGGCAACAGUGUAAUCAAUGCAAUCAAGGGUUAUUCUGUGGCAGUUCAGAAGUUCUCCCAGACACUCAACGUGUUCCAGUUCGACUUCAUUGGUGAUUCCCUGACAGAUGACGAGAUGAAUAUUGCGGAAUCUUUCCAGGAGUUUGCUGGUCUCCUACAGGAAGUGGAGGAUGACCGGAUGAUGCUGGUUCAGAAUGCUUGUGAUCUGCUUAUCAAGCCACUGGAGAAGUUUCGCAAGGAGCAAAUAGGAGUGACAAAAGAAAGAAGGAAGAAGUUUGAGAAAGAGAGCGAAAAAUAUUACUCUCAGUUAGAUAAACAUCUGAAUUUGUCUGCUAAGAAGAAGGAAACUCAGCUGCAGGAGGCUGACGAGCUGCUGGACAAAGAGAGGCUGAACUUCUAUGAGUCGUCAGUGGAGUAUGUGUACCAGAUCCAGCAGGUGCAGGACAGAAAGAAGUUUGAUGUGGUGGAGCCUGUGCUGGCAUUUCUUCACAGUAUCCUAACACUCAACAACCUGACGGUGGAGAUGACUCAGGACUUCAUGCCCUAUAAGCAGGAGCUGCAGCUUAGCUUGCAGAAUACGCGGAACCACUUUGAGAGCACUCGUGAGGAGAUGGAGGAGCUGAUGAAGAGAAUGAAGCAUCCAACCCAGAUCGGCAAAAUGCACGGCCAGCCAACCAUUGAGGGCUACCUGUACUCUCAGGAGAAGUGGGCCUUGGGUGUGUCAUGGGUGAAGUACUACUGCAAGUAUCACAAAGACAGCAAGCUGUUUGUCAUGGUCCCUGCUGAACCAAAACCUGCAACCAAACAGGGCCCCACAGAGCUGAAGCUUAAAUCCUGCUUCCGCCGAAAGACAGAGUCCAUAGACAAGCGCUUCUGCUUUGAUAUCGAAACUUACGAGAGAAACAUACCUGUCACACUCCAGGCUGUUUCGGAGGCCAACAGGAAGUUGUGGAUGGAGGCCAUGGAUGGAAAAGAGCCUAUUUAUCAUUCCCCAAUUCACAAGCAAGCUGAAAUGGAAUUGAAUGAAGUUGGAUUCAAGUUUGUAAGAAAAUGCAUCAACUUCGUUGAAACUAAAGGACUCACACAAGAAGGAGUAUACAGAACUGUUGGCAGUAACAUCCAAGUGCAGAAGCUUUUAAAUGCUUUCUUUGACCAGAAAUGCCCAGGGGAUGUGGAUUUUCACAGCAGUGACUGGGACAUUAAAACCAUCACAAGUGCCAUGAAGUUUUAUCUCAGGAGUCUAACAGAGCCUCUGAUGACCUACGGUCUCAACAGGGACCUCAUCUUAGCAGCAAAAUCGGAUAGUCUAGAUGAUCGACUGGGUGCAAUCCACUCCCUGACAUACAAACUCCCAGAGAAGAAUCGAGAAAUGCUAAGCCUACUGAUCCAACACCUGGUCAAUGUCUGCAGCAACAGUGGGGACAACCUGAUGACUCCCUCCAACAUGGGCGUGAUCUUUGGCCCCACCCUGAUGAGGGCAGAGGAAGAGACUGUGGCAGCCAUGUUGGAUAUAAAGUUCCAGAACAUUGUUGUUGAGAUUCUCAUCGAGGACUACACCAAGAUCUUCUGCAGUGCGCCAGAGGAGAGUUCCACAGCCCCACCCAUGCCUCCUCCAAGGAUUACCCCAAGGAAACGGCAACCAAUCACCAUCUCCAAGCGCACGCCCCGCGUCUACCCAGCAGUUAAUUAUGGCCAGCUCCAGAACACUGAGAAUGGGAAGAAUGGCAGUAGGCAGAAUGGCAGCAGACCAGAGGGGGUGGAUGCUGGCAGGGACACCCCAACAAGCCCCACACCUCUCCAGAGGACCAAACCCAUCACCGCCCCUCCACGGCUCCCUAGAGACCCUCCUCAGAGGCAGGCCCUCCUGCCCAAGCCAUCCAUCCGCCAGGACAGACACUCAGACUCUGACGUCGCCAAACUGGUUGCUAAGCUACCAGAUGGAGGUCAGAGGCCAGAUACAGCAGCAACAGCCAAUGGAGAGACGGGAGUCACUGUGAACCGAGCACAGUCCUUCCAAGGCAGAAGACCACCUCCUCGAAAUGUUGCGGUCAUCAGAGAAGCAGAAAGUGACGGCGUGAUCAAAACGAGGUCUCCACAGUCUGCCAUCUGCAGACCUCCAACCAGACCCCCUGACCCCCCUAGCCGAUACCCUGCACCCCACAAGAGCCCCACUGCAGCCCCCAGUGAGGAAACCCCGGCGUCGUACGUUGCUUCCAAAGCUAAGUUUUUUGAGAAUGCUUCAAGGCAAUUUGGAAGCUCAUCGGUCUCACCUCCAGCUUCUACUUUGCUCAAUGUGAAAGAGGAGGUAUGAUGUCCUGUGAUUUCUUUCUCUCCCCCACCCCCUCCAUUUUGGGAACAGGCAGACAGAGGGAGAGGAAUGGUUUGAGUGAGAUACUGCAGAGGUGAUUUAGAGGUAGUUGAGAUAAUACCUCAGCUUCAUACGUAUACAUUAAACUGUAUUUCAGACGCAUGUUAUGGUUUGAAAUAGGCCUUGCUCAGCUUUUACGAACUUAUUUGUCCCAUAAAAUAAAUGCCAGGGUCGUCUCAACAUUUGUUUUUAAAUAGAUUUUGCGGAAACUAUUUUUCUUUUCCAUUAGAAUUUAAGUUAAUUAGUCUGUUACCAUGGCCUCUACUCCUGUCACUGACCGGUGGAACUGCAGUGAGUAUGUGGACACAUACUGUCCUGUUGUGGAACAGAGGAGUGCUCUCAGACUGACAGCACUUUUGUCCUGUCAGUGGAUAUCCUCCUGCUUGUUGCUAUAAGGGACCCAAUUAACAUGUUGUUUAACUUGUGAUAAAGGAGUGCAGGUCUAGAUAGGAUGCCUUUAUAUGUCUCCGUCUGAUCCGCAUCUUGGAGCUUUUGGCAUCUGGAUCAAUCUUUUAUAUUAUAUGGGAUCAACUCUAUAUAAUUUGUUGUUAACUAAAUUAAUCCUGGUCCAAGUGGCUAGUUCCAGUUACUAGGUAUUUGACACACAAUAUUAUGACACGUUUCACAUGAAAUUUCUAACUGCUCAACAACAGAAAAAAGCUACAGUAGCUACCUGAUACCAUUUGGAAUUUACAUAUGCUAUAAUGUAGUGCCCUACUGUACCAGGUUGAAAUGAAAGCACCCCAAGUGGCUCAGCUGUAGCACAAUAUUGUUAACUGGUGUCUUAAAUCAAAACUGAGAACAAAAGGUGCAGGUUCUAAGAAAGUCUGAGUUGAGUUAUAUGUAUUACUGUUGGGAGUCUACUCCUUCUGUUAAUGAUGCACUUUGAUGAAUGAAAACAGACCAUGGAAAUUCUGAUGUGCUGAAUACCGUAAUUCAUUUGAUUAAGCUUGAAGUCCUACUAUACCAACCAUGAUAGCAAUGAUAAGUAACAAAUAAUUAUCCACUCUGUCACACUACAGAAUGCUGUCUCUUUGUUAGAUGUAGUUAGAUGUAUUUCACCAUUCCCAUGUUCUUAAGAACCCUUAAAGCUGGAAUACGUAGCGGUGAAAGUGCCACGUCCAUUUGCGAUAUUACAACAACAAAGAUGUUACUUCAUCGUUUUUUUUUUUUUU